AUGUGGAAUCACAGGGGCACCUUGUUGACAGUAGAAAUGCCCAGCCUGGGUCCCAGAGCCCUGCCCUGCCACCUUGAGUUUUGGACCAUGGCUGUCUGUGGUCAGAACCAAAGGCGUCCACAGCCACAGAGCUGGCUUGAUAGCCCAGGCUAUCAGAAGCCCAGAGCUGCUGCCCACUUGCCCUGUGAGAAGGGACCACCUCUUCAGUCCCAGUGCACAUCAGCCCUGGAAGCAGCAGCUGACCACAGCCUUCUGCCCACACUGGCUGGGGCUGCUGAAAGUAUCUUCUCUCUCCACUGUGUCUGCCUGGAGUCCAAGGACUUCUGCCCCACGCCUCACUCCCACCUCGCCUCCCUCCCCGAGGGGGCCUGA